UCCAGCAGUCUCCCUUUCCCUAUAGGGUGGGUCUGACUGAGAGGAAAUCGCCACCAGCCAACUACACAUGGUGGAUUCCUGGCAUUGUGGAGUUAACAGUUGGGGCUCCGGUUGGAAAGAUGUCCUGCAAGAAGAGGAGUCUCCAGCAAGGAAAAAUGGGGCUGCCAUGCUUGCUGUUUUUGCUUUUACUGCAUGUGGGGUUUAUUAUGCAUGCUGCUCCACAUUCUUCAGUGAUUCAAACACCUGCCACUGUGACUGUGAAGGAAGGAUCAACACUGAAUAUGCAGUGCAGCUUCAGUGGAAACGCCACCAAAUGGGCUAUUAACUGGUAUAAAGUUAAAGGCGAUGAAAAUGUGGCAUUGUAUAACUCGAGCCCAAUUCACAUAUUUCAAAAUCUAGAAGACAAAUUAAGUAAUUUCUCUUUGGAGUAUGUGGAUUUGAAGGAUUCUGGAACUUAUCUGUGUAACUUUUGCAGCGCAGAAUGUGGACCUUUCAGUAAUGGGACAAAGGUGACCAUCACUGAAAUUACCGACUUUGAGGUGAACCAGACUUCUGGACCCAUCCGUGAAGUGGAAGGGGUGGAUGUCACCCUCGAGUGUCGCUUCAGGACAGUCGGCAGGAACAGCAGCAUGUAUGUCAGUUGGGACAAAGAUGGGCUUGCGGUUGAGCAGGCUAACAAAACAGGCUCGUACAGAAUCAUUCAGAACCUGAGAGCAGGAUUUUCUUCUCUCACCCUCACAAAUGCUACUGUGAGCGAUACAGGGACCUACAUCUGUAAUGUUGGGAGAGAUCCAAGAAAUCAAUCAAAAUCAUCAGGAAUUGCAUCUCAUGUUGUCAUCACGAUGGCUAAUCUGUCAGUCAUCCAGUCACCUGCUUUCAUCCAAGGAAUGGAAGGGCAAACACUAAUUAUAAACUGUAGCGUUGCAGUUGCCAAGAAUGUGCCACUCCUCCCGUACAGUGUCACCUGGUAUAAAAAUGGCACCGAUGGACAUGAGGAGGUGGUGACAGGUGCAGGCAGGACUCUGAGCAUGACCACAGGCCUGGCUUCUCUCGUUCUGAACAAUGUCCAAAGGAACGACUCUGGAACGUACCGAUGUGCUGUCGGUAGUAAUGGCCGAGGAAAUGGGACCAUGGUGACAAUCUCUGAACGUGACAAGCAGCUAGAAACGGACAGCGGAAGUCCUGGAGCUGGAAUUGGAGCUAGAAUUGGAGCUGGAGCCGGAGCUGCAGCAGGAAUCCUCAUUCUCUUGCUGCUCAGUGUCUUAGCAUGGAGAUACAAGAAGGUGGCUAAAGAAAGCACAACAGAGACAGAAGCUGUUUCAACUAAAGAAGCAGGAACGCGCCUUCCUUUAACCGGCCGGCAGAAAGAGCUGACCUAUGCCAGCCUCCGCUUCAACAAAAAGGAAGUGGAACCAGAUGCUGGGGUGAUCUAUGCGGAAGUACGAACAAAACCAAAACAGCGAGCUGGCAACAGCCAGAUCUAGCCUCCAAACCAGCCACUUGCACUAGAGGAAAUGGCACAGGAUGGGAGCGAGGCAUGAGCUGCCUUUCAAAAGUCAUUGGACCCCCAUUCCCUAUAACACUGUUCCUGGUCCCUUUAGAAGCAACGGAGCUGCUGCCUUGAAGACACACAUUCUGGAAGAUUUGCUGAAGCCCUCAUCCCCUUUUCUUCCUCAUCUUUUGCUGGGCAGCCUGAAUCUAUGGUCAUGAUGUCUGGCUCUUGCGAUGCUGCUGAAGCCAUCAUUGGCCCUCGCCAUCACUGACCCUUGCCAUCUCAGCCAUCUCCCUCCUUCCAAAGGAGCAGGUGUAGGAAGCCUGUGGUGGCUGCUGCUGCAAAGAGGGUGACUGACUAGGGUGAGGUCCCUUGGCUGGGUGUCCUCCAGAGCCAACAUUUGGAAUGCAUGCACUUGCUCUCAAGAGCUGCUGGCUUUCCUUCAUUCCCACCUGUGGCUGUUGAGAAGCCACUUCCCCACAUGGCUGCAGUGUGGAUUUGUGUAUACAUUUAUCAUGUGGGAGGUGGCCAAUUGUGUGGGUCAUACUCCUGCAACUGCCACAAGCAAAUGUAACAACUGGGUGUGUGUGAGAGAGAGACUGUGCAUCUGAUCUGGUUGCAGAGAAGUGGCUGCAAUGCUGUUAUGAACGUGUGAGACAAGAGCCUUUGUCAAGCAACUGGAGAUCUCGGCUGAAAUUCUCCGUAUAUAAUCCUGCCAAUCUUUCCCCUCUUGCUCUCAAGAGCUUCCAUCCCUAAGGACAGGGAGCAAUCAGCUAGAAGAGGCUUGGAUUUGUGGGUCAUGUCAAAUGAGGAGCAAUGAUUCCUUGCAUUAUCCAGGGUUGGACUCGAUGGCCCUUGGGGUGCCUUCUAAUUCAACAGUUGUAUGAUUCAACCGGCUCUCUGUUUCUCGUUUGCCAGAGCCAUGCACUGAAGUUCACAUUCAGGCAAUGGACAACUCUGUGGUACAGCCAGUGGCAGCUGGCACUUAUUGGAUCUAGUAGGGCUACAAAGUCAUGGGGUGUUACCACCUAGAGGUCAUGGGCAUGGCCAAGUUCUGGUGUGCUCUCCAUCUCCUCCUCUUGCAAAGAUAUUGUGGGCACUUAAGCAUUGCUGUUUUUACAGAUCAUUAGCACCUAAACUGAAAAAUGUUUUCCUUUGGUUCAGAAGGGGCACAAUUGCUUCUCUGCUGGCAUACAAGUUGUGUGGCCUCCACUUGUUCCGGUUCUCUCCGUGUCCUCUUCAUUUGCAAAGAAAGUGUUUAAAUGCUGCAGUUUUAUUAAUGCCGAGCACCUAAGCCCUUCUGCUGUCACAAUAUCUUGUACCAAUUCAUGGCACAGUAACUGUACAUCAGGGGCGUAGCAAGGGGGGCGAUGGGGGCGGGGUGCCCCGGGUUCCACCUUGGGGGGGUGACACUCGGCGCGCCCCUCCCUACCCCUCGCCUCCGCCCACACACACCUUACGGACAUGCGUGGUCUGUACGGGCUGCCACUCUCGCGCGGCAGCUCGUUAUGGCCUGCUGUGUGCAAGCGGCACCCGGUAUGGAUUGCGUGUGUGCACUCCAU